CGCGGCGCGCGCCCGGCACGUCGAUGCACUACACCCUCAACCUGCGCGUGUUCUGGCCCCUGGUGACCGGCCUGUGCACCGCCCUCGUGUGCCUCUACCAUGUGCUUCGACGAGGCGGGGGCGCCCGGCCCGAGCCCCCCGACGGCGCGGACGGCGGCUUCCCGCUGCUCAAGGUGGCCGUCCUGCUGGUCCUCGGCUACGUCCUCCUGCGCUGUCGCCACGCCGUGCGGCAGCGCCUCCUGCCCGGGUCUCCCCGCCGGGGGCGCCCCUCCGCCUUCUCGCCCCGACGCCUCCGCGAGCCGAGCCUCGGCGUCCUGCUGGAGAGCUACUACGAGCACGAGGUGCGCCUGUCGCCGCACGUGCUGGGCCACAGCAAAGCGCACGUGAGCCGGAUCGUGGGGGAGCUGGUGCGGGCCGGCCGGGCGCGGGGCUCCCCAGGCCCCAUCCCCGGGGGGUCGCUAGCCCUGGCCUUCCGCGGAGACUUCAUCCAGGUGGGCAGCGCCUACGAGCAGCAUAAAAUCCGCCGACCCGACGGCUUCGACGUGCUGGUGCCGCUGCGCCUCCCGCCGCUGGUGGCGCUGGAGCCGCGGAGCCUGGGCGGGGAGCCCGCGCUGGCCCCGGCCUUCCACGGCUGCUUCGUGUGCGCGCUGAGGGCGCCGCCGGGGCCCGCGGCGGCCCAGUGGCUCCGGGACUGCAAACCCUUCGCCGACGGCUUCUGCGUGGACGUGCGCGGGCGGCGCCACCUCUCGGCCGCGCUGGUGCUGCGCUGGUUCCAGGCGCACCUGCAGCGCUCCCUGGCCGCCGUGCGCUACAGCCUGGAGGGGCGCUGUCGAGUCAGUCUGACCCCGGGGGGCCUGGAGCAGCCGCCCACCCUGCACAUCCUGCCCUGCCGCACCGAUUACGGCUGCUGCCGCCUCUCCAUGGCCGUGCGCCUCAUCCCCGCGGUGCACCUGGGCGACGGCGCCUUCCUCGUGGCACCUCCACCGCCACCCUCACCUGUCGGGCCCCUGGUGGAGCUACCUGGAGGCCUGCGCUCGGAUGUCCUGUGGGGGGUCAACACGGCUCGCCAGGAGCAGAAGCUGCUGGGCUGGUUGCAGGAACGGGCCGCCCCCGGUGCCUGCUACCUCAAGUGCCUGCAGUUGCUCAAAGCUCUGCGAGACCUGGGCGCCCGCGGGCUGGACACCACAGCUGCCACCCAGUGGGGCCGCAUCCUGUCGUCCUACGUGCUCAAGACGGCGCUGCUGGCGGUGCUGCUGCGAGAGGGGCCUCCCACCCACGACUGGGAGGAGGCGCACCUGGGUGGGCGGCUGGAGGACCUGGUGCAGUUCCUCCGGGGCUGCCUGCUGCGACGCCAGACUCUCUUCCACUGCGUCCUGGGCCCCGGGGGGGCGGCUGCCGAGGUGGGCCCCCUGCCCAAGGUACUUCGCGAGGCCGCCCCCGUGGACCUCCUGGCGGCCUUCGACGGGCACGCCCGGGAAUUCGCAGCUUCACGCUUGUUGUCCACGUGGCGAAGGCUGCCCCAACUCCUCCGGGCCUACGGGGGUCCCCGCUACCUUUCCAUGUGCCCCCCACCCCGGGGUCAGCGCGCCCAGGGGUUCCCAGAUGAACCUUAAGCCCGGAGAGUGCCCCCCACCUGGUCUAAUGCUCCUAAAAUCUCGUCCACCGGGUGGGAGGCGGGUGAAGCUGGGUUGAUGCCGAGAAGAUGGGCUGCAGAAAGUGGGGGGAGAUUCGGAGGGUCGUAUUGGAUCGCUUAGAUGUCACUCUUGGCUUCACACUCCUUGGCUUCAUGCCCAGGCGACUGUUCUGAGCAAGCUAUGGGAAGAAGGUGAUGGCAGCAGCUAAGAGCAGGUCCCAGGGAGGUUUUGGAGAAGCCCGGUAGAGAAGCAGAACGAGAUGCCGGGGAGCUUCCUUCUGUCGGUUUUUGAGGCAUUGGUCUCGCUGGCCCCCAAAUUUAAAGAAGCUCUUUUUUUUUUUUUUGCUAUAACCACUAGCUAGGUGUCUGCAUUCCCAAUUAUCUUUGCAAAAAAAAAAAAAAAAGGGAAAAAAUCUGAAUCUUUAUCUACAAAUGGAAUUGAAGCCCUAUUCCAGGGGCUGAUGUUCUGAGAAGCAUAGUUCCCACCAUUCAGAUUAAUAUUAAUGUAUUUUUUUAAGUGGUGCAAUCACAGGUGAUUGACAGGAUGGGGAAGAAUUAAGUCCCACCUGCUGAGAGGCAAUCAAGAAUUUGUUAGAGAAACUUCCAGCACAAAUAGUACUUUAUUUUGAUCAAAUCUUUCAUUUCAUGAUAAUUGCUUGUGCCGAGUAGCGCAUCUGAAAGGGAGGCCGGUUGCAUUGAUUAUUAGGCAAUGUGCAGUCUUGAAAAGGGGGCUUGCUUCAUGCUUUUCCAGGCGCCAGCAGGGAUGUGAACCAGUCAGCUCCCACUCAUUGAGCACCUACUGCGAGCCAGGCACAGAGCAGAGUAGCAACAAAACAUUUGUUUAAGACCCUGGCUCGGGGGUAAAACAUGGCGGAUCCGGAGAAAGCUCUAUUUCAGUCUUUGCUGCUUGAGAGGUUUCUCCAGGGCUUGCUGCUGGCUGGGUACAAACCUGUUCUGGUUUAAGGCUUUUAAGCAAACUCCUGUGCAUGGGGAAUUCUUUCUGCACUUAAUGAGAUAAUGAAGAGGAAAUGCUGCUGCAGCACCUGGCAUGUAGUUAGCGCUCUCAGGUCAAUGAGCAAUCAUCACGAGUGGAAAGUGUCUGUCCCGUUGCCCCAGUGACCUGUAAAUGGUCCUAAGAGGCCGACUUUGAGGAGCGGUUGGUCGAGUCAGAUGCAGGUCUUGGAAAGCAUUUCCCUUGUAGCUCGGUGUCUUGGGCGCUCUGCUGGAAGAUCAGUUACUCCCCAAUCAGCCAGCAGAGGAGAAAGAGGUGGAGCUCUUUUUUCUCUUUGGACAUAAAUACCACCAGGUUGGGAUGUUCUGCUGCCAGAAGCCAUUCUGACAUCCCUCCUAAACCCCCCAAAUUCCCGACAGCCUUCCACUGUGCCAGUCCACUUAAAACUCAGCUGAAGUUUACAGCGAUCCUCUCUCCAUUCGACUAAUAGGAAAUGCAGCCGCUCCCAGGGUUACACUUUGGGAUUGUAUUUUUUAAACAAAAAACAUGUACGUCCUUAGACUCUUAAAGGUAAGCCCUGGACAUAGCAUUGGCUAUGUGAAUAAGGCCAUUGUUUUAAUUUCUGAGCUAUUUUGAGGAACACUAUAAACUUUUUUCUUUAGGGGACCUCCUUGGGCACUCCAGGAAAUGAUUGUGAAUAGAUGAUUUCCAGGGAAUCUUCUCUUGGGACCUAGAGACUUUUCUGCAGGCGGCCUCGGGCAUUUGCCAGUUGUGCUGUGUCUUUGAGGCUGUGUUGGGAACAAUUCACCUUGAGGCCACGAAAGUCAUUCUAGUUCUUGAGGUCACUGUUAGGUCAUGAGGUACAGAAUUUAGCAAGGGGAUCAUUCAACCCACUUCCUGCAAAGAUCUAAACUGCACAGUGUUUAUCAAAGUUAUUUUAAAAAUAAGUGCCAAGGAUAAGUAGAUCUUUAUAUGUGUAUAUAAUGUUUCUAUACUCAGCCACCAUUUCCGGGAGUCAUUCAGUCUGCUGGAGUGGGGCGCAGCAAGGCUAGAGUAGGGUUAUAAAGCUUUAAAAGCUGAAUUUUCCAAAUAUUUCUGGCUAGUUUGAUAGGUUCUUUUUUAAUCUUAAUUGUAUAUUGAAGUUUAAAUCUGGUAACAGGCUAUUCUUGUAGGUUUAUUAUUAUUUUUUUAGGUUAAUUUCCCCAAAUCUCUUCCAUCCUCAAGAUUUUUAAAUUUUAUUUUUUUUAAUUGCUGGGGCAUUGUGUUUGUGAAUUUUUAAAAUAUGAAUGUUUUAUUUAAAUGCCAUGCUGAACAAUUGUUCUCUGCACGUGGUAACCAAAACCUAAUGAUUUCGAUCAAUUUUGAUCAAUAUUUAGUCAUCCAAAACAUGUACUGUGUACAAAUGAAAUAAUACGGUGUAUUUGCCGGGUAUGAUGGGUGCCCGAGGCACUUAUUAAGAGCAAUCCUGUAUUUUAUUAGGGCCCCAUCAUUGCCUUGAUCUGAAAUGUACACAUUUUUGGUGUAUACUUGGUACUGGAGAUUCACAUAUGCAAUAUUCUUUCACAAGAAGGCUCAAAAUUACUCAUAUUUAAAAAAAACUACAACAGGUAAAUUGUCCAGCCAGUACCCACAAAAAAAUGUUUUUGGGUCGAUGACUCAGCCAUUUUGCCCCAGACACCCUUCAGUGACUCCCACUGACUGGUCUGGGGAGCCGUCCUGGAAUGUUCGUGAGCUGAGAGAAGAUUUUAUUAUUAUUAUUAUUAUUAUUUUUUUUUUUUUUUUGCAAAAUGAAACUGAAGCCGAAAGAAAGGAGACAGCAAGCGAACCCGGAGAGGUCUGAAGAAUUCAGGAAGGAGGAGUUAAGAUGGAAAUAGAAGGAAGGGAGGACAAGAAGGAGGCUGGAAUGGAAAUCAUGAGGGUGUGAGAGAGGUUUGGGUUAGGAAACACGUUUUUAGAUUUGUGCUCUUUCAAAGGAGGGGUCAGCAAACUCAGCAGCCCGCAGAGGCAAGGAAGGGAGGUGAACAAGGGCGGGGUGGGUGUGCCUGGUGGCUGUGCCUGUGUUAAGGGGUACAGCCAGGCCUGGGCUCCAAGCAGGGAAAAGGGGGAGGAAGGGGCAGAAAAACGAACUUUUUUAAAAGUUCUUAGAGUAAUUUUUAACUGUUCAAAGCAUCAUGUGGGCCAGACAAAACUUUUUUUGAGCCUGGGGGCUACCAGUUUGCAACCCCUUCCUUACACAGUUAACCUCCCCCCAAGUAUUUAUAACGCGAUAUUUAUUAAGGGUAGGAGCUGUUAUACAUAGUUGGGGUGUGGUAUUUUAAGUCUUCUUUAUCUCUCAGAGCUAAGCUUUAUUGUAACAACAAACCAAAAAAAAUUUAACAUGUCCACAGAUAACACAACUCAGUUUCUGAAGGACUCUCCCGUCUGGAACCUUCUGUGAGAGUCAGAUCAAGUCAUCAAUGCUUGGCAUUUCCUUCCUGGUGAAUUGGGGCCAAACUCCUUGGCCCUGUCGGAGUUUGCCGAUGAGUAAUCAGGAAAGAUUGCAGAAUAACUUGUUUUUCAUUUGUAUUUCAUUUUUUUAAAAGUUUCUUAGUAGUAUCCUAACCAGUGCCCUAGCAGUGGUGGCUGGUGGGAUUGAACCCAGGAAAACCAUGCUGGGUCUGGGAGCCAAAAACACUCUUUUCAGAUGUUCCAAGCACUUUCUGACUCUGUGGCUUCCACCGACAUAGACAUGCUGGCUUUCCAAAGGCGUUACCCCAGCACACUUCCAAAGCAUCUCUUUUAACCUCAAGGGGUAAGUGACUUUUGUUGCAAAAUGUGGCUUUUGACCUUGAUAAUGGCAACCUCACCUCUGUACCCACAGGGGGUAGGCUGUUACUUCAUCAACACAUCCAAUGUGCCUUGAGAGGGAACUGAGUUCAGUGUUAUCAUCGUGGUGUUUGUUAAUUUUUUAAAAAUCGGCUAUCUAUUACUUACACACUACUGUUCAUUUUUUUCUGUCUACAUAGCACCUGAUCUGGUGCAGAUAAAGCAAGUAUAGGUGGGGGAGGGUGACAGAAACAGAGAAUAGACUGAAAUGGGCAACCUAAGGAUUCAUCAUCUGCACCUUGAGGUAUCAGAGAUGCUUUUAGCACAUUUCAUGUCAAAAAAUAAAAGUGCCUUGAUUCAGUCCUUGAUUUUAAAACAUUCCUCUUAUUUUAUUGCUAUUUUUAACAGGUACUUUGACCCCCAAACUGUGUAGUAUCAUGUGGUCUGUCGCUGACGUCACAGGGUUUAUUUUGUUCUAAUAACGGAGACCAAAGAGUUCAUCCAGUCUGGUUUGGCUGCUACAGUUGUGUGAUUCCAAGGUGUUCUCAUUGUACCGGGUUUCCUGGGCCCUGACAGCUGAGGCCUCCUGUCCAUUUCUGUUUCAGGUUGGAGUAAAUUUGCACUUUUUAAUCACAUGGGUCAUUCAGGGACCUUGUUCUUUUGUACUUGCUUUACUAAUAAAGGAACUUUUAGAAACCUCUGGACUGAUGGUGAGAUUUGGGGAGGCCUCUUGUCUUCGUGGAGGGCCGCUGGUGGCUGCCCUGGCUGCGGCUUCCUUACGUAACCCCUGCCUCCUCUCAGCGUCAGGAUGUGCAGCAGCUGGGGGCAACUGUUGACAGGGGCUUGACUCUGGACACAGGAGGGAGACAAGCCAGUUCACGGCUCCUUGCGCCUGCUGCCUGGGGCCCAGCCUUUGAUCUAUUUCCUGGCCUAGAACCUUCUGCUCCUGCCCCCUUACUCUCUGCCUGCCACCUCCAUGCCUGCCUUCCCCCCUUAAAUUCUCCACUCCCACACACCACCCCAAACACAAUUCAAGUCUUGGCCUGUGGCUAAUUUUAUAGCUCAAGAAUUUUGCCCAGAAAUCUCUUAGACCCUCCGGCCUUCUCAAAAGGGUAAACAUUGGCUAAUAGGAAAACCCACCAGGCUUAGUGAGAGAUGGAAUCUGGGAGACCGCGUAGGACUCUUCAAAGCCUUGGAGCCAAGUGCAAGUUGAGGAGAACCUGCAGCCACAGGUUCCCCUUUGCCCAGGGGAGAGGCGGUGGGGUGUGUUAGAUUUGGUUGUCAACAAGCAGCUAUUGAGUGAUUGCUGCUCUGGGGGUUGAGGACACACACAGAGAUGGCCC